CCCGCCCUACCCCGGCAGCCGUAGGCCGAGCUCGACCCCGGUUCCCGGAGCCACGCACACCGCAGUCCGCCCGGGAGGAGACUUGGCCAUCGCCACGCCAGACUGCCCAGCAGGCUCCUCGUGAGACUCGGGGCGAGCUCCGGGGGCGCAGGGUGCAGGGCACAAGCUGAGGCACUGGGGCACGUGAGCCUCAGUCCCGAGGACCGGGCGCCGGGGACCCUCAGUCCACCGCCGGCCACCACGGCGCCCCGCCCCUCCGCACGCAGGCCCGGCACGAGCUCGCGCACGUGCGCGCGCGCCGUCAGAUCCUGGGUCCUACCUGCGGGAGUGAGGACGGGGCUACCGGAGGCCGGGCUGCUCAGGUACUUAGGGGAGGAGCCCGAGCCGCCGCUGCCGAAGGAGAGGAGCAUGUCUGCAACUCGAGCCAAGAAAGUAAAGAUGGCCACCAAGUCAUGUCCGGAAUGCGACCAACAGGUUCCUGUUGCAUGUAAAUCUUGUCCCUGUGGUUACAUAUUUAUUAAUCGGAAGCUUCUAAAAAUAAAACACUCAGAGAAAUCAUCACCUUUUACAGAGGUGAAUAAUACCAUAUCUUUGAAAGAUUUGCGAAUACUUUUUUUAUAUGAAUUUAAACUAGGACACAGUGCAGCCAUGGCAAGUAGGAACAUCAGUUCUGUCUUUGGAGAAGGCUCUGUUAGUGAAAGGACCAUCCGUUGGUGGUUUGAAAAAUUUCGUUCUGGGGAUCUGAGUCUGAAAAAUGAGCCUCGAGGGAGACCCAAAUCUGUUUUAGAUGAAGAUCACCUGAGAGCUCUGGUGGAGGCUAACCCCCAAACAGCAAUUCGAGGCCUUGCUGCAGACUUAGGAGUUUCUGCUACAACAGUGGCUCGUCACCUGGCUGCAAUAGGGAAAGUGAAAAAAUUGGACAAGUGGGUAGGUACCACACCAGUUGAUGGAUGAUCACAGGCUGAGAUGGUUAAAAUUUGAAAGCACAGAGACCUGUUUUGGAGAGGAUCGUCAGCUUUAAUGAAAAAAAUGGAUACAUACAUGGCAAUUGAAAGUGAUCUGAUCAACAAUUGGAUGUUGGUGAAGUUCCCAAACAUUUGUUAAAGCCAUUGUUACAACCAAAAAAGAUUCUGGUAACUGUAGGUGGUCUGCAAAAAGGGUAUUUCAUUACUGCUUAACCUGGGCAAAUCUAAUUAACAUUGUAUUGUGAAGAAGUUGACAUUAUGCAUAAAAAUUGAUCUAGAAUCAUUCUGCAUUUGGUUAGCAGACUUGGAUCUAUACUUUUCUGGGAUAGCAUUCAGUCACAGACAGCACAAGCCAUCAUAGCGAAGUUAACAGAAUUGGACUGAGAAAUUGUGUCACAUUCAUUUUUACUCACUAGACCUUUUUCAGAGGAUUUAAAUAAAUUUUUAACAGUGCUGAAUUUUAUGAACAUUGUAUAUAUCAUUUAAUAUUUUACGACAUUAUUUUGAGAAAUUUAUCAUUUGGGGAAUACUAAUCACUUGGUGACAGUAGUUAAUGCUAACAAUGCAUAUUUUGGUUGAAUAUUUAUUUUUUUGCUGGGGGUAUAGCUAUGAUAGAGCACAUGUUUUGCAUGUACAGUUCCUGGGUUUCAGCUGUAGCAUAUGUGCCUGUGUGCACCUGUGUGUGUGUUCACACACUCAUACCACAAUUCAGAUUGAUGUGUUUCUCUCAAAAUAGAACAUUUUCAUUUUGACAUACAAAAAGUCACUUUCAUGUAGUUUAGCCUGAUACCUUCCCAGCCUCUGGCAGAACAUGAAGACUGAAAGGUACUGGCAUGGUAGAAAAUUUAGAUUUGCUGAUGAGUUUUUGAGAUUCUUCAUGGGAGGAAUGUGCAACAACUUCGAUUGUAUAUGUAUGCAAAAGAUAUUUAGGAGUCAACCAUGGAAAAAUCUGGGUAUAAAAAGAACUCCAGGGAGAUGAGAAGCCUAGGCAAAUGCCCCCAGGCUCUCAGAGAACAGUUUUUGAAGAAAUGGAAAUCAUAUUACUAACAAUGAAAGCCAUUCACGUAGAGACAUGGCUAUCCAGAUUAUAGUUACUCUAUGGCAUCCAGAGAUUAUGUUGGGGUAAGGAAACUGAAUUGGUACUCUCCUGCCUCUCCCUCAAACAGCCUGCUAAAGUCUUCUCAUCCAUGAGAGAGAGGAGAGUCAAUAAAGCCUACAGUGAGGGAAGGACAUCUGGAUUGGGUCUUACCUAGAGGGAGGCAAUGGAGGGAAAGAUGGAAUGAAGAUCACCUAAAGUAGAACUGACUGUAAGAACCUCAGGAUACUUUAGUGCAAAUUUAAAAAAAAAAAAAAAGCCUCAUUCUUUUGGGUUGAAGCAGUCCCACGUGGUGACACAAACUUUGAUGAGCAGAGCCUAGGCUGCUUAUAGUCUAAUUUACCUCCCUGGCUGGGUGCUUUGAUCUGAAGUCAUCUGCCUAUUUACUACUUAUCCUUGGGUUUGUCAAAGAAAAUCCAUUGUUUUGGUGGACUCUGCCUUGCUGCAGAGAGAAUGAAGCCUCUGAUUAAAUCAUGCCAUUCUGGUACAGAGCCGAGACCAGAAAUGUGGGAAGGACUUUUAUUUCAAAUCAGUAUGAGGGUGAAGCUUAGUAGUCACAGAGCACAAGAGAAGUAGCUUGACCAAUGUGAAAGAAUGUGAUGAUGUAUAGUUACUUAGUUUCUUUAGAGUAAACGGCAGUUGUUAUUUUAUGGCCAUCUGUCUUUCCCCUUUAGACUUCUCAAACUGCAGAGCAGGAGGCCAGGCUUUGGUCUAAAACUAUCAGGGGAUAUUCUUAUCCAAUUCAGUGUGGUGGUUUGUGGAUAGGUAGGAAACCCAAAACAGAAGCAGUGAAACAUGAUGAGACAGGAAAAGGAACAGAUACAGGGUUUUACACUAUCCCAGUGAUCUUACCUACUACCUCCCAUAAGAGAGACAGAAAUGGGCCCUGUGGUUUUGUGAGUGCUUCGAUACAGUUGUGUUUGAAACCAGUACUACCGUUAGAGUUUUUUUGUUUUUUGAUGUGAGCUAGUAAAUAUCCAUUUUGCCUGAGCCACUUUGGAUGUGAGCUAGUAAAUACCCAUUUUGCCUGAGCCACUUUGAAUUGGGUUUUCUAUUUUGACAAAAGAAACAUUCUUUCUUCAUAUACUUCCUGAACUUUGCUUUCCUUAAUUGUAGAAUUUGCUACCACUAUGUAGGGUUUGAGUGACAAUAUGAAGAACAAGACACAGACUAGAUGUCCAAUAAGUAGUACUUAGUAAUAUAUGAAAGAAAAAGCAAUGGAGGUAAAGUAAGGUAUGGGGCUCCUAGAGGGCCCUCUGGCAUCCAAGGAAGGCCAGUGGGCUGAGUUCAGUGCUCAAAUGAAGGCUGAUGCCUGACUAGCAUAGAUCAGAGUUACCCAGCUCUAAACGCACAUUAGCUCUUUGAGUUGCUUAGACCCUGUGGCUUUUCUCCAGAGAAUGUUCCCACCCAGUGUGUUAUUAGUCAUGUAGGAAGAAAAGAAAAGCUGUUAGGACAGAGUGGAGGCUUAUUAUGCCUUUGUCCUUGACAGUUAUUUCUUUUUUAAACUUUUUUUUUUAUUGCAGCCUUUCAUUUUAGGCGUAUGGAGGGUAUAUGUGAAAGAAUCAACACAAAAUGACUAGAUUUUCAUCAUUGGGAUAAUCCUCCAUUGCCUUGGAAGAGUAGGGAUUUAAAUCUAUAAUUUUUUAAAUUUAAUAGUUAUGUUGGAUUUCUAAUACAAAGGAGAAAAUUUAUACCUGUAUAGACUUACCAAGCAUCCUAAUGUUCUCAUUCUCCUUUUCCAAAGAAGAAGGAAAAGCUUUAAAAAGAAUCUUUGGUAGAAAAUUUGUUUCGAAUGUCAAAAUAAGGAAAGGAAUGGAGAUGAAGGCUGCUACUGUGUCCCUGCAGUAUCUUGAGUCCUAAUAGCAAAAAAGAAUAAAAAGUAGCAUUUAAUAGCCAUUUUAUUUCAUCAAGUAUUUAAUACUUGUUAUUAAAGUUCCUGCCUAGUCUAAUUGGAUAUUUUGAGACUAGAACACCUAUAGCCACUUUAGCAGCGUACAUGCAAGAUCUUGGGCAAAGUAAGUAAUAGCAUCAAAAGCUAGUGAAAAGUGAAUUGAAAGAGUACCCAUCCUCAGCAGGGUGCGUCUUUCGUCCUCUUUCCAUUGGUGCUGCAGCCACAGAGACUUCUUUCACUUUUACUGUUCUGUCUGAAUAUUUGCUAUCCCUCCCCAUCUCAUUAAUUCCUUUAGCUCAAUAAAUGGAAUCACACAGUACAUACAAAACCUAUACAUCAUGCAAAUUCCCUCAAGGAAGUCUUUACUGAUUCCUUUAGCCACCACAGGUUACGUCCUUCCUGCCCUAAAGCCUGAAUGUGCUUCCUUCAUAAUUUUAAUAACAGUGAUUAUGUGUUUGUGUCUACCUUUUCCACUAGUUUAUAAUAUUCAUAAGCACGGGGACUUUAUUUUGUUUAUAAGAUCAUAUCCUCAUCAAGAACACAAGGCCCAGUACACAGUAUAUACUUAUUCAAUAUUUCUUAAAUGAAUAAUAAAUGUAAAGGCAAAUUAAUUCACUUUGUAGAAAACUUUUGUGUUGGUAUCAGUGUAAGGAUUAUAUCCUACAGCAAAUAAUUAAAAAUCUAAUGAACAAUGGCUUAAACGAGUAGGUUUUGAUUCCUAUAGUUUAUGGAAACUUCAGACAUGUAACAUAUUUGAAAUUUAUAGUAAAUCCUAAAUGCUGAUUAUACCACUUUUCUAUUGUACCCAUAUUUUACUAUAAUUGCUUGAUCAUUUACCCACAUAUCUACCUAUCAAUUAUUCAUCUUAUUUUUUUAAUGCAUUUCAAUAUAAAUUGUGCAUCAGCACAUUUCACUUUAAGGUAAAAGUAUAUAUGAAGUAAUUAAAUACUUCAGCAUACACAUCACCACUUAAUGUUCAAAAUUUGCUUAAGGUUCUUAUUUGAGGUAAAGUUUAGCUCAGUAAAGUCUUAGGUGUACCAUUUUGUAGGUACUAACAAAUGCAAACACUUCUGUACACAAAUUGCUAUUAAGAUACAGAUUGUUACCAUCAGUCUAGAAAGUUCCCUCAUACCUCACUUACCCUGGCAAACCAUGCUUUGUUUUUCUACCAUAGAAUAGUUUUCCACAUAAAUGAAAUCGCAUAGUACAUAUAAAACCUUUACUACACAGAUUUUUUUUUUUUGAUACUGGGAAUUGAACCCAGGAGUGCUUUUAACACUGAGCUACAUAUCCAGCACAUUUUUUAUUUUGACAUAGGGUCUCAUUGAAUUGCUCAGGUCCUUGCUGAGUUGCUGAGGCUAGUCUUGAAUUGGCUGUUCUUUUUCUGCCUCAGCCUCCUGAGUUGCUGGGAUUACAGUUGUGUGCCAUCAUGCCUGGCUACUACCAUUUUGAUGUUCAUCCAAUUUGUUAUGUGUAUCAAAAAUUUGCUCCUUCUUAAAGCUGGUUAGUAUUCCAUGAAUACCACAAUUUGUCUGUUUACCUGCUUGAUGAGUAGUCUUUGGUUCCCCCUUCCCCAGUCUGUAUAUGUUAUUAAUAAAGCUGUUAUGAAUAUUCUUGCAUAA